AUGCCUGCCAUGGAGACCAAGGCGCCGGAAGCCACCGAGGCUGGCGAGAUUGGAUUCCAGAGCAGGAGAUCAAGCAUCUCCGAGGACAAGCGGCCGUCUGAGGAAUCUAAGACGCCAACAGAUGAGAUCCUCUACGCUGCCGGAGUCGGACUCCGGGCAGAUGACCCCUUCUUGCCAUGCCUCACUUUACGCAUGUGGGUGAUUGGCAUUGGCUUCUGUCUUAUUGGAAGCGGUGUCAACACACUAUACACAUUCCGGCUCCCAUCAGUCACCCUCUCCCAGUCUGCGAUCCAGUUCCUAGCAUAUCCUCUAGGCAAAGCUUGGGAGUUCGUCGUCCCAGACUGGGGCUUGACCGUUUGUGGUGUUCGUCACAGCCUGAAUCCUGGCCCCUUCAACUACAAGGAAAACAUUCUCAUCUACAUCCUGGCCAACUUGAGCUACCUUACCCGUCUAAGUGCCGAUGUAUUGACCGAACAGCGAGUGUUCUAUGGUGCCAACACUGGAUGGGGCUUCGAAAUCACCAUCACACUUGCUACUAUUCUCUUUGGCUUUUCCCUAGCCGGAUUUGGUCGAUCGCUUGUCGUUGAUCCAAAAAGCUUGGUGUGGCCUGGUGUGCUGGCCAACACAGCCUUGAAUGCUGCUCUGCAUCCUGUAGGAAAAGAAGACGAAACAGAGGCCAAAUGGAAGUCUUCUCGCUACAAAUUCUUCUUGAUUGCUUUCUCAGCGGCCUUUGUCUGGUACUGGUUCCCAGAUUUCAUCUUUCCAGCGCUGGGGUAUUUUACCUGGGUCUGUUGGAUAGCACCUCGCAACCCGGUCGUUAACCAGAUAUUUGGAAUGAAGAGCGGCAUAGGUCUUUUACCAUUCACAUUUGAUUGGGCGGAAAUCGCAUACAUCGGCAGCCCUCUGGUGGUACCAACCUGGGCCAUUCUUAACACUCUUGCAUCGGUCGUCUUUUGGAUCUACAUUGUCACACCAGCGAUCUACUACACAAACACUUGGUUGUCGGCAUAUCUUCCUAUUCAAAGCAAUUCCAUUUAUGAUAACACUGGAAGCACUUACAACGUUUCUCGAGUCAUUAACAAGAAAGACGGAUUCGUCUUUGAGCCGGAAAAAUACGAAGAAUACUCACAUAUCUAUCUUCCAGUCACUUAUGCGCUCAAUGCUUUCGGCCUGUGCUUUGCCUGCAUCUCAUCACUAUUUGUUUGGAUGUUUCUCGAGAAGCGUCACGAAAUCGCGCAGGCAUUCCGGGAAUCUCAGCUUCCUGCGCUAUUUGGCCGUAAAACAGACGCCAGGCCAAAUCUGCAGCCGCAGUACAAAGAUGUUCCCAUGUGGUGGUACGGAGCUUCGUUUCUUGUGUCUCUAGGACUCGGGAUUUUUGCCUGCGAGUUUUAUCCCGUACAGUUACGCUGGUAUGGAGUCUUUUUUGCCAUGUUUGUAUCUGCAGUCUUUUACCUUCCGUUGGCUUGGGUUUAUGCCACGACCAACAUGAAAGUACAAAUUGACAUCUUCUGCCGUGUGGUAGCUGGCUAUAUUUGGGAGGGCAAAGUGCUGGCCAACAUCUGGUUCUUUGACUUGGGCUACAUCUCAGGUAUCAAGGCUCUCUCAUUUGCUCAAGACCUGAAGCUGGGAAUAUACUCCAAUAUCCCACCUAGGUACCUAUUUCUUGUCCAGAUCGUAGGCCUAAUCAUGGGAACAUUGGGCCAGGUCUCGGUUCUGAACUGGGCGCUGGGUCAUAUCCCAGAUAUCUGUUCCCUAACUGCAAAGAACGGAUUCACCUGCCCCUAUUCUCGCACGCAUUUCAAUACCAGCAUGGUCUGGGGUGCCCUCGGGCCUCGUCGGUUCUUCGCCGACGGGACUCUAUACCGGGACCUCUUGUGGUUCUUCUUGAUUGGCGCUAUCCUGCCAGUCAUAGUCUACGCCAUGAAGAAAACUUGGCCAAACCAGCGAUGGCUAGAAAAGAUUCACAUCCCACUGUUCCUUGGAGGACUAAAUUACAUCCCCCCUGCCUCUGGGACGAAUUACGGCAGCUGGGUCAUCGUCGGCCUGAUCUUUGGCUUGUGGAUUAAGAAGAAGAGCAGAGGCUGGUGGCGCCGAUACAAUUUUGUGCUCAGCUCCGCGAUGGAUUGUGCCACAGCCAUUGCAGGCAUCAUCAUCUUCUUUGCCGUCUUCUAUACAGGAGCAGCCGACAAGUUCUCUUGGUGGGGAACCACGGUACAUGAGAAUACUUGCGACUGGGACAGCUGUACGUAUAAGACGGUCAAGAAGGGACAGACGUUUGGGCCGUAA